AUGGAACCCACAUCCUCCACCCAGCAGAAACCCAUUCACUCACUCGUCCUUGACACGGGCCCUUUGAUCAAAAACAUUAUCUCUAUCUCCACCCUCAUCAACUCUGCCGAGGAACUCUACACAACCCCAGACAUCCUACGCGAAGUCCGGGACGAAGCAACCCGAUCACGUGUGCAAACCACUCUCGUUCCCUUUUUGAAGAUCAGAACUCCCAGCCCAGCCAGCUACGAUGCUGUUGUUGAAUUCAGCAAGAAGACUGGUGAUCAUGCCGUACUGAGCAAACAGGAUUUGGGCAUCUUGGCCCUGGCGUAUGAGGUGCAUUGUGAGAAGAAUGGGGGAACUUGGGGGCUCAGAGAAGUGCCCAAGGGGGAGGUGAAGAGGAGGCCUGAGGAUAUUGAGAGAGAAAGGGCCGAGAAGACCGAGAGGGAGAGGUUGGCCAAAGAGGCGGCGGAGAGUGGUGGCGAAGAAAACCUCGAGAGCCAGACCGUGGAAAAGGUUGAAGAGAAGGUGGAAGAGAAGGUCCAAGAACAGGUUCAGGAGCAGCUCCAAGAGCAACUCGGUGAGCAGGGACUUAUCGAGAAGUCGGCAGCAGUCGAAGUAUCAAGCGCAAACAUCCACGUUGAGCAAAAUGCAGAGUUGGCCGUCACACCAGAGCACACAGCACAACAAGAACCUUCCGAAGCCCCUCCACAGGAGCCUCUCGAGAACGAAAUGUCUUCACUCUCCAUAACCCAACAACCUACCCCACCCACCACCGACUCCGAAGCCGCCGACUCCGACUCAGACGGCGACUGGAUCACCCCCACCAACCUCUCCGCACACCAAGCCGCAGACUCAAACCUACAACCCCACGUCCAAACCGCCUCCAAACCGCCUCAACUCGACCUCGCCACCAUGACUACGGACCACGCCAUGCAAAACGUCCUCCUCCAACUCAACCUAACCCUCCUCUCCCCCUCCCUCCAACGCAUCAAAACCGUAACCUCCAAAAUUCACCGCUGCCACGCCUGCUUCCUUCUCACCAAAGAAAUGACGCGCCAAUUCUGCCCCCGUUGCGGCCAACCCACCCUCCAACGCGUCUCCUGCAGCACAAACGCCAAAGGUGAAUUCCGCAUCCACCUCUCCAAAACUUACACCUACAACAAGCGCGGCGAUCGCUAUAGCAUUCCCAAACCCAUUGCCGGAACGGCAAACACCAAGUGGAAGGAGGGUUCUGGGGGUGGUAAAGGCGGAUGGGGAAGAGAAUUGAUUCUUGCAGAGGAUCAGAAGGAAUUUUUGAAGGUCAAGGAGGAGGGGAGACGGAGGAAGGCGAGGGAUGCGCUUGAUGAGGAUUUUCUACCGGGCAUUUUGACGGGGGAGAGGGUGGAGAAGAAUGGGAAGGUGAGGGUCGGGGCCGGGAGGGAUGUUAAUGCUAAGAAGAGGUCGUGA